GCUGUUUGUCACUUUGCUCCUUAUGUUCCCAGAACCGGAAAUCUUCGUUGCUAAGACAUCAGGACGGUUUACAAAUAUGUCUCCUUCAUGAUUUUCGGACUAAAUGGCUUCUACAGAUAGAAUUGACUUUUUGAAGUUCACUUUACGUCCGGCUCUCUGUAUUUUACUGUUUAUGUCCUCUGUUCACACUGGAAACACAGUCGGUAAGACCUUAAUGUUACUUAGACGCGAUUUUCAUCGAAUGUUUUAUUAGAGCUCUAGUGUUGAUUAAUUACCUUAACAUCCCGAUCUUAUACCAAAGAAACAUCCAUAAAAAUCAACUCAUUAUGUGGUUUAAUUGUUUAAUUUAAUCAGACUCUUUUACCUGUUGUUUCACAGUUUUCCAGCCGUCAUAUCUCAGUACAAGUGGACCAAAUGUUUCUGCUCUUCUGGUGGGAAACUUGACUGAUAUCUCUCUGUCUGUGAGGACUGUCUCUGCCUCCAACACUACAGGUAAACUAUACUGUGUUUCCUCUGGGAGUCCACUGCACCGGGAGUGGUUGUCAGCUGUGGUUGCAGGUGCAGGACCCAGUCUAGUGGCUUCAGGGUGGGGGUGGGGGAGGGGGGGGGGGGGUUGUGUAUCCUCCAUCUCUCCUCUGGGUCCUGAGUCAGUGUCCUCUCUGCUCCUGGUGCAGAUGACUCCUCUGAUGGUGCUUUCUUAACUGGUUCAUCUGUACUCUGCUAGUGUGUGUGUGUGUGUGUGUGUGUGUGUUUGGCUUUGGGUGUGACUGCAUAUGUGACUGUUGAAAGCCAGUUGUAUGGUUGUGGGGGUAGGGUGGUUGGAUAUUUUUAUGCAGAUAAAGUAGGGGAGAGUGGGGUAAGAUGAGCCAUUUUUCAUAUUUCAGAUCACUACAUCAAGGCAAUCAUAGUUUUGUCUCUAACUAGUGUAUCUGAAUAUAUUUGAAGAUGUUGUUUAUUCCUGUAAACCAACAGAAUGAGUAUAAACAGAACUGUCUUGAUGAUAUAGCAUGCCAAAAAAGUAGUCUCCUAUGGUCAACUUACCCCGUGUAUGAGGUAAAGCCCCAGCCCUCCCUCACCUUCUCUCUCCCUAAAUAACAGUCACUUCUUCACAUUCAUCCAAAGGUGGUUGGGUCUUUUUAUGCAGAUAAAAUAAUUGGUUCCUGUUUCCCCCAUCUUGCAGGAAGCGUUGAUCCUCUGUCAUGUGUAGCUGAAAUAACACAAUGGGUGCUUACAAAGGAGCAGGUGGGAAAGGUAAGAGACCCAUUUUGAUUCAUCUCAUUCAAAAAUAAAACAAUGUCAACAUUUGCUUUUUUAUAUAUAUUCCUCAUGUUUGUUUCUUCUAGGAUGCAGUUCAGUUUCAGCUGAGUCUGAAUAGGAGUCUACAUUUGUGUGGUGAGAAUGAGACAGAGACAGACUGCUGUCCUAAACCACUCUGUGUCCUGGAGACCCUUCAGGUGUCUGCCUGUGUGGGCGCCACACCUCUGGCAUCACUGCUGAUCCAGGCCAAGAUACAUGCAGUGUUGGUCCCUGCGAAUGCUGCAUCUGGUGAUACAAACUUAACGCAAUAGUAACAGCCAAGACACUCAUAUUGAGUAUAUGAUACAUUUGACAUUAAUGCAAAUCUCUUUGUCAUCUCAGAUAAUACAUCAGUCAUUCCAAACCAAGUGUACCAACCACUGGGCGCAUGUCCCUGUGACCUCACCUUAGGAGUGUGUGAUGUACGCUGCUGCUGUGACAAGGUAUUUGCAGCUUCCACAUGAUUCAAAUUUUGGUGAGGAAAAAUAUUCAACUGUGAAACUCAGUGUUAAAUAUUUCUGUUCAUCUUUACUCCACCAGGACUGUUCUGCUGCAGACUUGAAGCUGUUCACAUCAAACUGCCUCCCAGGGCCCUUUGGUGGGCAGGUCUCCACUGAUCCAGACUAUCAGUGCUCUGUGCAGUCAGCUGAAAACUCCCCUGAUUGGUUUCCAUUUUUGUGUGUUAAUUCGCCACCUGAAAACAACCCUUACCUCGGGCUCUUUUACCAGGGACACGUAAUGUGAGUAAUCAUUGAAUGAUGUUUUUGGAAUAUGUGAAUCAUUCGACACUUUUGAGUUUCCCGUUUUCAUCAUUUAUCUUUUGUUUUUUAACCUUUUUCUAGUCCACCUAAGCCUGGUCAGUCUUUCCAAAAGCCUGCUUUACCAGCUCCGGUGCCGGUUAUCUCUUACAUACAAGGAAGUCCAAUCUUCACAUCGACCGACCAGCUCUUCACUAUCCCACAGGUGAGUUGUGUGUCUGCUGUGUAGUUUAUUAUGUUUGUGUUACUAAAGCUAUAACAAACAAUCUCUUGUGUGUUUCUUCUUUCACAGACAGUGCUUGGACAGUGUGUGAACAAUGCCCCUGUGGCAUUUUUGAACAACUUUGAAGUCAGUUGUUUAACUUUGCUGCGCUUCUGUCCAACUGAACCUCCUUUACAAACACAACUAGAGGAUUUGAGGGUUCAAGUAAUGAACGGCCAAGGAGGCAUGUUUCAUCUGCUGAUCAUCAGCACUUUUAUAAACUUAAGAGCAGUUGUAUUCCGUAUGUUUGACUGUUGUUCUGUUUGUGUGUUUGUUGUCCAGGUGAUGUAACGGUUGAUGUUAUUGACGAGGUUGCCGUUGACUUGAGUGAGUUUAUUUCAAGAAGAGAUGCUGUUUCUUCUUUAGGUAUGUCCGUCACAAAAAUCACUCUCAAAACAACUUGAACUGACACCAAGACAUUUGGAUGAGAAAUGUUUCAUAUUUUUUACAGAUAAGAGUCUGGUGUGUGAGAAUGUGACCCUCGCCCUCGACUACAAAUUCUACUGGAAAGAAAAUGGAAUCACGAGUAUCACAGUGACUCGCACCGUUGGGAGCAUAGCUUUAAAUAAAAGUGGUAAAUAUCAAUCAUGCUUGAUUCAUCAUAGCCUAAGAAAAUUGUGUUUAAAACUGUAUUUUCUGUUCUGUCCUAAAAGUGACGUUGGCUACAAGGUAUUCUGCUGAGUUUCUAAAUGGAUACCCAGGUGAUCCUAACUCAGGGAACCCAGGUGAGAGGAUGAUCAAAUAAUCAUUACAGGUGAAUGUUUAUAUGAAUAACUUAACACAAAAAUCUGAACUGACAGGUUACCAGGUUGGAAGACCUGUCAUUGCUGGGAUUAUGGACAUAUUGGGCAAUGACACGGGCUCAAUACAAAGAACAUCAAUCAGCCUUUGGAAACCAGGUAAGCUGGAUAAGUCAUGCUGCUGAUUACUGGCCUACUGCAUGUACAAGGUGAAUGAAAGUGACAGCACUAUUGUCUGUUCUGACUGACAGUGAGUGAUGGACUCUGCUCCGUUGUGGAAACAAAACCAGUUCUGUACGGGCUGAAUUCAACAUCAGGAUGUCUGCUACAUGUCGGCCAACAGAAUCUGAGUCAGUGUGAUUUCCUGAGGUCAGUAGCUGGGCAUGAGUUUGUUUUAUUUUUAAUCUUGAUACCCAUGUGUUGAAUUCAACUAUAAUGCUCUUCUUCUUCUUUAGAGAGACUGUUGCUUCUCUCCAGUCAGCUUUAGUCACAGCUACAUAUGUUGCAAAGAGUGGAAACCCAGAUCCUCUGAUGUUGACGGACUGGGUGAACAUAAGCUGUGAGUUAAUGAUGCAAAGACAAACUUGAGAAGAGUAAUUGUCUUGCAUGUGCAUGUUCAAGCAAAUUAGAAAAUUGUCUGUUUUUUCUGCUUUGGUCUAACUAAAUAUUACAACGUUUAAUGCCCAGAUAUGAUGCCAAAUUCAAGCACAGCUAUGGAGGACAGCCCGGGUGUGUGCCAUGGGAUUCCCUCUCAUCAGCAGAUACAUGUAUGGAGUCGUAUCACUGGCAUAAUGGAUGGGAUACCUCAAAAAGAAAUCCUUUCAUUGCAAGUCAGGUGUGUAUUUUUACUAAACUGUUUUCUCCACAAAGGAGGUACUGUUGAGUUUUUGAGGGGUCUCAUUUGUCUUCUACUGUCAUUUUCAGCUUUAGUCUGUCUUCCUGGGCACUGGAUUGUGGAGGUGGAGAUGUCCCUGCAUGUAUGGACCAGAUGGAGACUCAGUUAUUCUCCAUCACCUCCUCUGUCACUUUCAUUGACAUCCCCAUAAACACAGGGCUGCCAAAAACCAGGUCUCUUAUCGAACAGCAUGUUUGUCCUCAUUGAAUUCCUCUUUGUAGCAGCCAGACCAAUUCUAACCUUCAAUAUGAUGUUGUCCCCCCUGACAGGUUCCAGAUCAACUUCACAGAGUAUGACUGUAGUAGGAAUGAUAUAUGUUGGCCAGAGCUCGCCUUUCCUAUCACCAAGUAUUACACAGGUAGCAGAACAGCAAUUUACCUUGUCCUUGGAAAAUAAAUAUGAACAAUAAUUGAGUUAAGAUAUCAAAUUCAACAUAACAAUAUUGCCACUACUCACUUGUUUUGACGUUGUCCUCCCCAGGUGAGCCGUACUCUCAGUCACUGGCAAAGGGUCUCAUCUUGGUUUUUUUCUUCAUAACUGCUUCGAUCCUUGGGACUCCGUGGAAACAGAUACGACAAGCUUGGAAAUGACCAAUCUGGUGUUUUCAUUAUUAGUGUUUCUAUGGUCUUUAGAUGUUUAUAUUUGCGAGAAUGUAAAUAGUUGUGUUAAUGCAGCGUUUUGUAAUAAAGAUACUUUUUAUAAGACA